AUGCGCGCCCUGGAAAAGCAGGCGGAGAUCCAGGCUGAGAUUCUGGGGGGAGACGCGGCGUUCCUCCGGGGUCUGGUGCUCGAUGGCUGCUGGGAGGAUGUCAUGGUUCUCAUCGAGCCUCUUCGCCCUCGCAGCGUUGUGCACGACCGGGCGUGCUUCGAGAUCAGAAAGCAGGCGUUCUUGGAGCAGCUCGAGAACAACAACGGAGACAAGGACGACACGAGAGCUCUGGUUAAGGCCCUGCACAAGCUCGAGCGAGGCAGCUCCACCGAGGAGUUCAACGAGUUGUGCUACUGCCUCACUCUCCCCAGCGUGCGCAGCCACCCGGACUUUACGUCUUGGACCCCUCACCUGGGGAGGCUGUGGUGCUUCGAGACGCUCCGCGGGUACCUGGGCCUUAUCUUCCCCGGCCAGGAAACGCCUGCCAAGCCCACUCCUCGCGGCCAGCUGGAAUUGCUAUGCCGACAGGCGUGCAUGUUCCAGGCAGAAGAGGUUCGCAAGAAAAACCCAGAAACGGAGUUCCCGAGCUCGGUUAUCGGGGGGAUCCUCAGCAAGUCCUGGGCUCCCAAGGACCGCCACAGCUACGGCAGCGGUGGCAGCGACGGCGGCGGCGACGUCGCACUGCUGGCAUCGGUCACUAAGAUUUCCUCCAUGAAGAAGCGAAGGAUGCCGGUGCUCUCGCCGUCGUCCGCAGCCCUCCACCGCAAGGAGGAAGGGAUGGGGGAUUUGCAGAAUCGUUCGAUGGGAUCGCUGGGUUGGGUGCUGUCGUGCGUCAGCGGGGAUCCGUGGGAUGGCGGGGGAGGAAGGGCGGGCAGGCGCAGGUCCACCGGGCCGGAAAGUCACGAGGGAAUCCUACACCCAUCUUCCCGACACCGACACCGCUCCGACUCCAUGGACAGCGAGGCCGACUUCCCUGGCCUGAACAGCCCCACCGGCCCCAAGGCGCGGAGGCUGUCUGGACCGUCCAGCCAUUCGGGGGCCUUCGUCUCCAGCCGGCCUACUUCAUUCCCAAUGGACAGCAGCGGCGGCAGCGGUGCUACCGGUAACGGAGGCGUUUGGUCGUCGUCGGGGGUGUACUUGACUGCGGCUACGGCGGCCGGGGGGGUGCCCCGCUCUGGUGGGGAAGGGGGUUCUCUUAACGGGGAAAAGGCGAGCGAAGGGGCGAACAACGCGAUACCGGCGAGGUUCAAGCACCUGGCGCCGAGCUGGUCCAACCUGAAACAGCUCCCGAGCUUCGGCGGGAGCUUCAGCGGCGGCAGCAGCGUCGGCAGCAGGAGCAGGAGCGGGAGCGAGAGCGAGAGCGACUGCGAGACCCCGCGAGCCCGCAAGGAGGGUGGCAGGGAGGAGGAGAACAACCAUGCGUUUCAGCGGGGGGAUCCGUCGGUUGUAGGGGGGGGGGAGGGGGUGCGGCGUCCUCUGGGCACGAGGCCUUCGGCCUCCAACGGAAACGCCAGUGCGCUACCCGUGAAGGCGAACCCCAUGCUGGGCGACGUGGACAAGCCUGCCGCUGCCCCGAUCUUCACCAGCCCGCCCGACAUCAACCUCGACGCGGGAGACACGGCUCCACCCCACGCGGCAGAGGAGGAGGAGGCGACGAUGACGACGACGACCCCGCCCAUGGAAAGGAAGUCUCUGGCUUGGGGGAUAAACCUAGAGUCGCCCUUGUCGGCCAGCGCCGCAGGCAACAACGAUGCCGCCGAGGGGGGGCCCGUGUUCGGCGAGACGGAGGCGGCGGCGGGGGGCGGACUGGAGUGGGAGGAGGAGGAAGACGCCGGACAGCUUUCGCCGCUGGCGUACGAACGGGCGUGCGCUGAGGGUUGUGGUAGUGGUGGUGGGCGGCAGCCUCCGGGUUCGCACAGCAGAAGGAGCAACGGCCACCCAAGCGGCUCGAAGCCCACCGGCAGGGGGGCUACGGUGGUGGCCGAGACGGAGGCGGCGGCGGCGGUGGCGGCGGGAGCGGCUAUGGCGAAGCAGGAGCAGGAGCGGGAGCAGUCCUACCGCGCGGCGAUGAGCGGGGCCAGCAGGCCGGGGCAAGCAGGGGGGAGUGACAGAGGAGCCUUCCCGGGGGAUGUGGACAGCUACGCGUUCGACAGGCUCGUGGGAGACGAGGCUAGCAGAUUUUUCCCGACGAUUCUCGUCAGCGGGUCACAUCCGGUGAGGUCUGUGGGCUUCUCUGCCGACGGCGGUCUUUUCGCGGUGGGGUGCAAUGACAGGACCCUGCGGGUCUGCAAGACACCCUCAGAGGCCGAGCUGGCUUCCAACACUUGCGGGAUGGACAGCGACAGUCCGGUCCAGGAGUGGCCGUCGACGGAAGUGAUAAGGAGGGAGAACCAUCACCUCGGAUCCAUCUUCUGCCUCGGGUUCAGCCCCGACUCGUCUUUGCUCGCCACAGGUUCCAACGACAAGUUGGUGAGGCUGCUCAAGCUUCCCGGAACCACACCGGAAUCCCAGCAGCAGCAGCAGCAGCAGCCGGGUUUCAGCGACAGAAACGGCUGCGACGCCGAACCUAGUAGCCUCGUCCUCCGAGGGCACACGGGCACCGUGCGCGACCUCUGCUACCCUCUCCCCCCCCCUACCUUCGCGGGGCCCCCGGCGGCCUCCGCGUCGUCGGAACGCCUGCUGUCGGUUGGCGCCGGGGACUACGCGUGUCGGGUGUGGGACGUGACGGGGGGUGCGGCUGCGGCUGGCGGCGGAGGGGGGAUCGCCCCCCUGGUGCUGCUGCGGGGACACACGGACACGGUAUUUUCGUGCUCGAUGCUCCCCGGCGGAAAUGUUGCCGUCACCGGCGGCGCGGAUGCCUCUGUACGCCUGUGGGACACCAGAACAGGCGACAGCGUCCGCUCUCUGAUCGUCGAGGGCAAGGAGGUGUUGUGCGUCCGGCCUUGGCCCGGAGACCCCGAAAGGCUAGUUGCCACGGCCCACUCGGGAGGCUGCAUCUUCCUGUGGGACAUCCGGACCGGGCGCGCCCUCACCUCCAUCCUGCACCACACCGACCAGACCCGCUCCCUCGACUUCUCCCAGGACGGCUCUUCCCUCCUCACGGGUUCCUUCGACGGCCUCAUCGGGGUGUGCGACUGCCGCCCGCGGGGGACUCACUCGACGGCCUCCUUGCGCUUGGGAAACCCGCCCGCGCUGGGUGGUGCGAGCGGUGGAGAGGCCGAGGACCCGGAGAUGGACGUGCGAGUGAUGUCCAUGCUGAGGGCCCACGGGGGGCGGGUCCUCCAGGCCAAGUGGAAACCCCGCACGGCGGUAAGCGGAGGAGGCCUGGGCUACGGCGGCAGACCCGCCUUCCUGACCAGCAGCACCGAUUGUACAGUCAUGUUGUGGACCCUUUCGGGGGGGAUGGGGAUGGCGGCGGCCGCGGGGCGGGGAGGGGGUAGGGUACCUCCAUCCUACGGGGUCUCCGGGUCGGGGGUGGUGUAA